AUGGAGGUGGAGUGGGCACCCUGGUCGGGCGCUGUAGGGGUCUCAUCCCUGAGGCACCUUGUAACUCCCCAGGGUCGCGGCUUCCGGUCCUGCGGCCCCCACCCUCCCAGCACCGCGCGGCCGGCCUGGCGCUGCGGAGGGAGCGCAGGCGGCGGAGGAGGCAGCGGCGCCGCCGCCGAGCCCCGCGCGCUCCCCACCCCCUCAAGGUUGGGCCGCUGGGACCCGGAUCCGUGGACAGACAGCAGCCCGCGGGACGGCGGAAGGACGCGAACCGAGGCGCAGAGGUCCGGCAGCCCGCCUGCCGAGGAGUCGCCUGCCCAGGGCCCCGGCCAGUGCCCAGCCCCGCUGGGAGCCCCGGCCAGCACCACGGACGGCGCCCAGGAAGCCCGAGUCCCCCUGGACGGGGCCUUCUGGAUCCCGAGGCCCCCGGCAGGUUCGCCCAAGGGCUGCUUCGCUUGCGUGUCCAAGCCCCCUGCCCUGCAGGCUCCAGCGGCCCCUGCCCCUGAGCCCUCUGCCUCUCCCCCGAUGGCGCCCACACUGUUCCCCAUGGAGUCCAAGAGCAGCAAGGCCGACAGCGUUCGGGCUGCCGGCGCCCCCGCGGCCUGCAAGCACCUCGCCGAGAAGAAGACGAUGACCAACCCCACGACCAUCAUCGACGUCUACCCGGACACCACCGAGGUGAACGACUAUUACCUGUGGUCCAUCUUCAACUUCGUCUACCUCAACUUCUGCUGCCUGGGCUUCAUCGCCUUGGCCUACUCUCUCAAAGUGCGUGACAAGAAACUUCUCAAUGACCUGAAUGGAGCCGUGGAGGAUGCGAAGACCGCCCGGCUGUUCAACAUCACCAGCUCUGCCCUGGCAGCCUCCUGUAUCAUCCUCAUCUUCAUCUUCCUGCGGUACCCCCUCACCGACUACUAAGGGCCACCAGGCACGGCUGCUGGUGGACACGAGCACUGAGACGUGUUUAUUCUCAUGGCCCUUGAAACGCAGGAUCCCAUGAAGUGGGGGUGGGGCAGGGAGUCUAGUCCUGGGGCCCCCUUGAGCUGUGAACCGUGCAGGAAGGCCGUCAGAGGCUGAGUACGGCAAGGAGGCAGUGAGCUUGGCCCUCAGCCCACCCCUUCUGCCUCCUGGCCUCCACCCUGCCUGUGUCUGGGGGCUGGGGGCUUCUCCCCACGCUGCUGCACCCCGGCUUCCAGUGGCUCUGUCCCUGCCCUCAUGUGCCCCUUCCCAGGCUCCUGAUGCCCAGCAGGAAGGGCUUAUGCAAAAGUGUCCCAGGAUGGGAGGGCUGCCAGCAUCCGAGGACACGCUCUGUGCUCCCUGACCCCACCUCCUCCACGCUGUGACCCUGCUCAAAGCCCUCGCAUCUGUGAACUUUCAAUGAAAUACCCAUGCCGCUCCA